AUGACUCAAGCAAGUAAAUUGGAAAUUACACCACUCGAAGACCAGCCUUUUGGGUGUUUGGUCAGUCUCCCAGGCUACUGUGAUAAUGAUCCUCUGAAAUUAAAUGAAGAAGAUUUUAAGACAUUGUUUAAUGCUGUUCAUACACACUUGGUAGUAGUUGUUAAGGAUCAGGCUAAAUUGAGUCCAAAAUCACAAUAUGAACUUACCAAGAUGUUUGACCCCACAAUUCCGGAACCAAAGCAAGAAGGAUUUGCAGGAUAUGGACAUGGUAAGGAGUUCAGACAUGAACAAUCAGUAUUGAGAAAGGAUGGUACUACAGUUAAAUCACAACCACAGGUUCAAAUUUUGGGACAAGGUACUUUUGAGGCAAAUGAACCUGGAAACGAAAAUGGUGAAGCAAUAUCGUUAACUCAUCCUUCCCAUACCACAUUUCACCACACGCCAUUGAGUGAAGAUGAGAUCAAGAACCAACACAAAACACGUUUCUACAGAUGGCACAUUGAUUCGGCGUUGUACGAUUUGUUGCCUCCAGUCGUGACAACGUUAUUGGGUAUCAAGGUUCCUCCUGCGACAGAAAUGCAAACUAUCUCAUACGAAGACUCUGAUGAAGAAUUAAAGUUAGCACUGGGUGCAACUUGUUUCUUCAGCGGCCAACAAGCGUUUGAUAGGUUAUCUGAGGAGGAAAAGCAAUUUGCCUUGAAUACAACUGUCGAAUACCCUCCUCAUCCUUAUAUAUUUAUUUCUCCCGCUGGAGCCACCUCUGAUGGUAUAACCAUGGUUUCUGAAGGCAAGGAGUUGGCCUUCGACAAAAUGCCAGAAUGGGAACCUGAAAAGAUUAAACGUUUGCCAAUGGUCUGGACAAACCCAGUGACUCACAAGCACCAUUUGCAGGUUCAUGGUUGUUGCUUAUACAAGUUACACACCAAAUGUCCAGAUGGAUCUAUUAAGACUUUAGGAUUAGAAGAUGCUCGUAAAAAAGUUCAUUCUAUGAUAAGACCUGCAAUUUCUCCUUCCAGAGUCUUAGCCCAUGCCUGGAGCGAAGGUGAUUUGGUUCUAUUCUAUAACAGAGGUGUUUUACAUAGUGUUACCGGUGAACUCAAAGGAGUUAAAAAUGGAAAUGACGAAAAGAGGUUAAUGCACCAAUGCAAUAUUGCAAGUGGUAUCGAACCUGUGGUCGUUCAAUAA